AUGAAAACGGUUCCAUCGCUCUGUGCCACUGCCACUGUCGUUGGUGCAUCCGCCGUUGGUCUCUCGUUUGGACGGGAGACGCCGAGCAACUCCUCCCCAUCCGCCCACCCCAACCCCAACACCAACACCAAAGAGGCCGCGCCAGCACGCCCUUUGCCCGCCAAUUUCAUGCCUGUUGCCAUGCCCACCACUGCGCCGUCUUUUGGCGGCCCUGUACCUGUCGCGCCUUCUUCACAUGUCCCGCUUGCGACUCGACCCAGCCAAAAUGCGCUCCCUCAGCGACGCAUGGUGAGGCGGAUGACGAGCGACGACGUGCCCGCGCUGCCAUUGUCCGGCGGUGUGAGCAACUAUGCGCCCAGCGACCUGUCUAUUUCCGAGGCCGACACCCCACGAUACCCCCCAACGCGACGGGGCUCUUGGCUUAAGCGCCUCUCUUCCAUUUCCAUUUCCUCCAGCAGAACCCCCAGUCCAGCGCCUCUCUCGCCCGCAGUCUCGUGUCCCCAUGGUGCCAUGGCCUUCUCCCACGACGGCUCAGCAGCCUCCAUUUUCGGCCGCCGCUCGACCUCGCCAUCGUUGCGAAAUAGGCUGGUCAAGCGCUCGUCAUCAAUACGCAGAGCCGACCAACUACCAGCCCAAGGCACUGCCACUCUACGCCCUUCCUUUCGCCGCCCGGCGACAAGUCACCAGCGCACCGCAGCGCUAUAUGCCAGCCACAGUCUCAACAACAACAACGAAGCGCAACCACAUAGUAAUCCAGCCGAAGACUUGGCGACUAAUAGGGACUUUCUGCAUUCGGCGGAUAUGGACAGCCAGUUUGAGUAUGCGCAGUAUUUCACCGCAAAGGUGACCAAAGAGCGGACAGUGUCCAAGAAGAGAGGGUCGACGUCGUUAAGAGGCAGUUACAAGAGAGUUGUUCCAGACGAAAAGCACUUGCCUACGCUCGUGCUUGCGAGGUCGGUGGCAGCAGCCACGCCCGAACUCGACGAUUCUACCAGCGACGAGGGCGACAGCGUCUUCUCGGUGAGCCGGCCAGGGACGCCGUUUAGCAUAGCCGCGUUUGCUACCAAAGAAAGCACGCAUACCGGCAGCCGACCGUCGAUAGACGACCCCGAGGAUGCAUUACGGACCAAGCGCUCCUCCUUCACUGACUUUCUUUCCUUCUCCAAGAAGCAGCUGGCCGCAGCCGGAGCAUCAGGCACCACGAUCCUGCGCCGGGCCAGCCAGCGGGUCAACUCGGCACCUCUUGUCCCCACCAUGCAGACCCGACCCCAUAGCACAUCGUAUGGAGAGUCGCACCGCCAUGUCGUUGAGCCGGCAUUGGCUGCUGCUAGGCGCGCCAUCGCGACGUCUGCCGGAACCACCGAGGCGGGGUCAGCGGGCAGCGGGUUCGAGGGCGGCGCAUCAUCAACGCCCUUGCCCACGCUCGCGGCUCGUCGUGCCAGUGCUGGCAUGGUUCCUGUCCUGGGCUUGGCGUCAAUGCCUCAGCAGCUCGAGGGUCCCUCAGCCGCACUGGGCGCCAAUCAGGCGCCACCAUCCCCUACUCUAGCGCAAUCGGGCGUUCGGGUCUCGCGUCACUCCAUGGCCCCCUCAGAACAAGCCUCGACAUUGGUCGGCUCGUCUGAUAAUGAACUUCGCGCCUUGGGGUUCGGCGACGACGACAACACUGACGUCCAGAGCGAGACGUGUUUUGAUUCGCUGCGCACUGGCGCAACCAGAAGUACAUCGGGCGGCGCCCGGGGCCCUCGUAUAGAGACGAUUUUCGACGAGUCACCCCCCUCCAAGAUCAAGGUCACGGCCCUGCGCGAUCUGCUCCCACCAGGUGCUCUUGGGGAUCACGCCGUUGGUAGUGUCGCCGGCCACCAGAGUAUCGCUGAGGAAGAAGAAAACAUCACAACACCGGUGCGGAUGCGCCACGACUGCCCUCUGCACGACUCGCCCAGCUGCGCCCGGGCACGAAGCGCUCCGCUCUUCCCCAACACUGUCUCGGCAUCGCCCCCGAGUAUGCCCAAGCCGCUUUCGCUUGGGACCUUGGAGUGGGAUUCAAGACCGGAGAACGACGACGACGACAGCAGUAGGUGGUCACUAGAGGAGACAGAUGCUGAAGACCCGUGGGUUGAUGCUCCCACAGUCCAUCACCGACCGACAGCAACACUGUCGCCGUUCCCCCAGAGCGCGCGCCGUGUCGCAUCAGGCCCAACAUCCAAACCCACUACGCCUCAUCACCUCACCACAGAGUUUGGUGACAGAGACACCCGCAGCAGCAUCUUCGACUGGUCUGAGCAACAACUCGCAGACAAGAACUCGGGCAACUGCACGCCGCCACGACCUCGGACAGUGCACGGCAAGAAAGAUGCUGACCGCAGAGGCAGCCGUUCUGUUGGCCGCCGCAUACCCAGCGGGUUACACGCUCGCAGCCAGAGUGUGCCUGUGGUUCCCGAUUUGACUGGCAAGCGUAACACCGUCGUGACAAACAAGUUUGGCACCUGGGGCGUUGGCAGCAAAGGUGUCACCGAAGACUGGAACGAUGACUUUGACUUUACUGAGCUCAACGGCGACCCUAUUGAAGAAGGUGAUGCUUCCCCUCGGGUAGACAGUGGCACGUCGAUGGUGGUACCAAAGAGCAUACAAGAGCAGCAGAACAACGUCCUGGCCAACAUUGGUCUGCUUCGUGAGUGGGGCCUACUAAUCGAAGAGCUCAAAGAGCACCGCACACGCGCUCAGGCUCUUGGUAUAGUGGACGGUCCGCAUGCUAGUACAUGGGAAGAGGUGGACGCCAUGAUAGACCUUGCCGAUCAGGAGGCUGGCCACCAGGAUGUCGCUCCCGCCUCACCCCCCUCAACACCUGGCUUCGAUGAUGACAGUUUUGAGGAGCCUCCUGCGAGCCCUAGCCUUGGUAGAGGAAGGGGACAAUCAGAAAACCCAGACCAGGAUAUCAUGAAGAGUCGGAUACCAUCACCGCGCUCCCGCAAGUCUAUUCUUCCACCAAACGACGACAUUUUUGCCCCGCAACCCUCCCCGAGACUAUCCCAAUCCAUAUCUGACACUGACCAUGAAAUUCGCGAGGCCAAACCGGCUGCCACGCGACCCCGCAAAGACUCGGAAGCCAAAGCGCGUUCCGUGAUUGAGGCACUCCAAAAGAGGAGGAGCGUAUACGAACCAAUAUUGGAUACACCACCCACGCCUUCUUCGAAGAAGGUUCCGUUUGACACUGCGACUCUACGAAGAAUUGUGCCAUACGUCAGUUCACUGACGCACAAAGUAAAAGACAUGAUUAGGGAUGCGGAAGGCUUGUACUCAAGUCCGCUCGCAAGCCCGAUGCAAGAGCAGCCACAACGCGACGACAUUUUUCAACCAGACGCGGAUCUGGUGGCUCAAAUGAAACUCAUGACGGUCAUGUGA